AAGACGCCGCCGUCCAGGUAGACCCAGCCCAACCCAACCGUUGCCUUGUCCAGACUGGCAUACAUAUAGAUAUACACGUCUUGAUUCUGUCUAUAUUUUCUUUUGUCAAUCUCUCGUUACGCCAACUUAUAUUCUUGCCAUCUUCAACCUAAUCUCUCUCUUUGUCUGCCAAGCAACUCCGAUGGCGGAAUCCAAACCCGGCCCAACGCCAGCUUCACCCGAUAAGGAAGUAAAGGCACCUAAUUUGAUUGAAAGAGCAAAGGAAGAGAUUGGAGCAAUAAUGCACACUGAAAAAUCACAUAACGAUCACAAGGAAACUCAUGGCAUGCGUACGGAUAUUGAUGAAAAGACCCCACUAGACAAUGUCAAAGCUCCAAAUAUGUUUGAACGAGCGAAGGAGGAGUUUGAGGCUAUAGUUGAAGCAAUCCAUCCCAAGACAGAGUCUCCCACUCAUGGCAAAAGGGAUGAAAAAAAGGAGUCGAAAAAACAGGAGAAAACCGACUCUCAAUCAGAAAAUAAUGCCAAGACAACUAAUUUUAUUGGGAAAGCGAAGGAAAAGAUUGGAACGAUUAUGCACCAUGAGAAGUCACCAAAGCAUCAUGAUAAAGAAACUCAUGAGAAGUCACCAAAGCAUCAUACUAAAGAAACUCAUGGAACGAGUGAUGACAUAGAUGCGAGUAUCCCAAUCGAUCAUGUUAAGGCUCCAAAUGUUUUUGAAAGAGCAAAGGAGGAAAUCGAGGCGAUUGUCCAAUCGAUUCAUCCCAAGAAAAAAGAGAAAAAUCCAGUUUCUUCACCUAAGAAGGAAGGUGGACUGUGAGUGUCAAUAGGAAAAGGGUUGGAGAAAGUGUGCUCUUCUCGUGGGAACAAAGAUGAUCGGUUGUGAAUUCUGGUCAAAUUGUGAUAUUUCUUCCUCAUUCUUUUCUGCCCGAAUACAACUCGGGUUAUGCAUGAGAAAUUAUUAUGUACCCCUUUUUCAUGACUCAGUUUCAACAUAUGUCCCUUCUUAUCACUUCGUAGGUCUACUAUUUUUAUCCCCAAAAUAGAUAUAAGAUGUUGGGUUUAACUAGCAUCAAUCACCUAUGCGCUUGUAGGCGACAAUCACCGUUAGUUGAUGUGAAUCUCUUACCAAUCAAUGGUUCAUAGCCACCCAAAGAUAUUUAAAUUGAAAUGGACAUGUUCUUCCUUGCCUGA